ACCGCGGGACACCGCGGAUGGCCGCGCGUCGCUAAGCCGCCGCGCGAAACCUCUGAUGUACUUGUGUCAGCUGUACGGCAUGGGCAGCUGUCGCGACGAGUUCCCGACCGCGCACCGCGUGCUCACGUUCAUCAACGCGUCCGCCAGCGUUUACAUAUACUACACGUUGGUCGAGUACGUGAGCAAGUCGAUGCCGUCCAUGUUCGAACUGUCCACGAUCAUGUCGGUGGCCCGGCUGAACGUGCGCGGCCUGGUGCCGCCGCUGAUGAUCGUCUUGUUCAGCGCGUACCGCGGCCGCGUGCUGGACUUCGUGGCCGCACUCGACGACCACGUGCCGUCCGCGCCGAGCGUCCCGCUGUGGCCGUUCGCCGCGCGCUUCGUCGGCUGGCUGGCGGCCACGCUCGCGGCCGAACUGAUACAGCUGUUCGUCUACUUCGACCGCGCCGGCUACGAACAUUUCUUCCCGCUGUCCAUUGUCCGGUUCGUCCUGACCAACUUGUGGAUCGUCACGCCCGUGCUGCUGCACGUGUUGCUCGUGUCGCUGGCGUCGCGCGGCCUCCGCGACAUCAACGGCCGCAUCACCUCGUUCGACUCGUGGCGCGCCGACCGGUCCCGGUGGACGCGCCUGCAGCGCUCCGUAACCCGACUGACGGACACCACGUUCGGGGCCAUCAUCGUCCUGUUCGUCAUCUUCACCAUCACUGACCUCACGUUCUUCGCGUUCAUCUGUCAUCUUUCCUGGAUAAAUGGCUACUUCGCGGAACUCGUAUCCUACUUGUUCCUAAUGUUCGUCCGGGCCUCGUUGACCUUUCAACUUUUUCGCACGUGCCACCGCUGCAAGACCGAAAUGAAAAGAACACAAACAAUUUUGAGUGGAACGAAAAUAACAUCUCAUUCCGAUUAUAAAGAAUUUAAACACACUUCUCUGUACAUGCUACACACUGAUUUCAGCUUCAUGCCUUGCAGAGUCUUUGAAAUAACGUAUAAAAACUUAGCUACAAUAAUGGAAAGAGUUACUUGUGAUAAAAUUAUUUCUUGCAUAAACAACUCAAUUUCUAUCACUGAAAAAUUGAUUGAGUUACCUUCUCCGGUUCAAUCAAGAGGACUGCCUGUAAUGGCCCCCAUCUAUCGUAUACCCAAAGAUAGAAAACGAUUUACUUAUUUGUCGUAUUAUCCAAAGAUGGAAGAUAAACCUACAAACAAUUAUCCUUUAGGUGUUGAAAAAACUACACGCAGAUUUUCAUCAAACAUUAUUCAAACAAAUUCAUCAAGCUUACCAUGUAAGAUAUAA